CCGGCCAGUAUUCGAUUGCCUUCUGAGUAGAAAAGUUAUUUAUUCAAUCGGGCACAAUUUUGAUAAUAUUUAAUAUGGAGCGUUGGAAUAAAUGUACAGCUGUCGUCACCGGUGCCAGCUCAGGUAUUGGUAAAGCCAUUGUUAAGGAUUUGUUGAAGGCAAAUAUGAAAGUGGCUGGAUUGGCCAGACGAAAAGAACUCAUGGAAGAGUGGCGAGCAACAUUACCAGAAGAAGAGAAGAAUAACUUUCAUCCCGUCGCUUGUAAUGUCGCCUCACAGGAAUCGGUUAACAAAGCUUUCGCUUGGGUUAUCAAAAAUUUAAGUGGUGUGGAUGUAUUGGUGAAUUGUGCUGGCAUUUAUAUUGCUGGACAAGCGACCAUUAUGGAACCAGGCGAAAUGCAAGAUGUAUUGCAAACCAAUUUGUUCGGUGUGAUCUACUGUACCCAACACGCUUUUCAAUCAAUGAAAGAUCGCAGUGUUGAUGGCCAUGUGGUGAACAUUAACAGUGUCCUCGGGCAUUAUCUGCCAAAUAAUAAUGCACAAACAACACCCAAAUCGAAUGUCUAUGCGCCAAGCAAACAUGCGCUAACCGCCCUGACUGAGGUGUAUCGUCAGGAGUUCAGGGGUCUGGGCACAAGGGUAAAAAUCACUAGUGUAAGUCCUGGUUUGACUGAUACGGAGAUUAUAUCUGAUGCCGCAAGGGCUGCAAAGAAGCCAAUUCUACAGCCGGAAGAUGUUUCAAGCUGUGUACUCUUUGCACUUUCUACGCCAGCGCGUAUGCAAGUGCAUGAGAUUAUUGUGAGGCCAAUGAUGGGCGAGUAAAGUGUAAAAUAAGAAGAAGCAUGCCUCUGAUAGUUCUUUAUUUGCGAACUUCAGAUAGAUGUUGUGCCUAAGUUUGAAUAACUAUCAUAUUUGUCUUACAAUGGAUUUUUAAUGUAAUUUAAUAAUGUAAAGAGAAAUAUAAAAUAUAA